AUGCCAAAAUACACACCCACCAAAGACGAUACUCGAUCACCACUCUCUCCUCACAAUUCCAAUAACGGAAAGUCACCCAAAUCUCCAUCCAACAUUACCAAGCAAUCUAACCGAGCCAGCUUUGCCACUCCACAAUACUUUCCACAAAAGAUUGCGAAAUUUUCUCCCAAGUCUGCCAGCAAAGCUGCCAUCACCAGUGCAGGCAAGAAGAAGAAAUUCAACUUUGACAAUCCAAAAGUCAAAAAGCUUUUGGACAAGCUCUCAAAAAAGACCUCUCACGAUCAAGCAGCAACCGGUGGUGAAGGUGCGGAAUCUUCAAAUUUGAAUCGUCUGAAACGACUCUUAUUCAGAAAGAAGAACAAGCAGGCACUUCAAAAAGACAAGGAAAAUAUUGAGACUGAAUACACAUUCACUGAAUGCUCCGACGAUGCAAACUCCUUAUAUUUCGGAACAGAAAUGAGCUCGGAUGGAGAGCUUUCUGAAGAAGAACUCGAUUUGGCAUAUGGCCUUGAACACUUGGACUCUAAUGGUAUCAUGAUGUCACCUCCCACCAAGAGACCGUCAAUGUUGGCAGCUUCUUCAAGAUCCUCCAUGGCUUUCUCCUCGUCGGGCUCUGAGAGAAAAAUUGGUCUCUCCCUUCAACACUUGUUCACAAAGAGAAGAGAAGAACAAAAGAGAGCUGAGGAUAUUAUUGAAAAGUUUGACAUUAAGAAGCAAUUGGAGUCUGAUUUGAGUGUUGCUGAUACAAUCUUUGGUAAAUGGCAACGAGAGAAUGAGCAACAAUAA